ACAACCUAACCUCAAAUAUAAUACUGAUUCUCAGUUAAUAACAAGUUAUUAAUUUUCGUUGAGAAAUAACUGUUUUAUUAAUACAGUGUAAUCGAAACAAUGUCAUCUAAACAUUCUGUAAAAAUAAUGCAAGGUGCAAUAGUUUGCCAGGAAGCAAAACUAUGGGGUGAUAUCACUGUUGGUGCCGGAACAAUAAUACACCCAUGUGCUUAUAUUACUGCCGAAGCUGGACCAAUCAUUAUUGGUGACCGGUGUUUAAUUGAAGAACAAGCUAAAAUCACCCACAGGGUUCCUUUCGACAGAGAGAAUCAAGAAAACAUUCCAGUUUUAAUAAUAGGUGCUAACAAUGUGUUCGAAGUUGGUUGCAAUGUUGAAGCUUGUAAAAUAGGCGAUAAUAACACAUUUGAGUCAAAGUGUUUUGUUGGGAAUAAAGUUACUGUUACUAAUGGAUGUACCAUUGGAAGUGGAUGUGUUUUAACCGAAGAACAAGUUUUGAAGGAAAACACAACAAUUUUUGGGGAAUAUUGUGAAAGGAGAGAAGCUUUAUGUGCACCGACAAUACAAACACUACAAAUGGAUACACUUUCUAAAAUGUUGCCUAACUAUCAUAGAAUUAGAAAGCAAACUCAUAAAAAUUAAAGCAAGCUUGUUUAUCUCAAAUAUUUUUUAUUGCUAUUGUAUUUAUUAACAUUUAAAACAUUUUAGUUUUGGUUGCUUGUAUCAUAAAUUUAAUACACAUUUAAAAUAAUAUAGUUUAUUGCUUACAUCAAGUAUUCAUAUAAAGAAAAUAUAUUUAGUUGUACUAAAUUCUGUUUUUAUUGUAAUGUUUCAUAAUGCAAACCAUCAAUAUGUAUAUGUAAGAGACUAAUUCAUAAAGUAGUAGAUGUUAUCAAUUGAAUAACAAGUGAUAAAAAAUGUAAAAAAAUAUACCUUGUUUAUCCAUGGAUAUAAACAAAGCACUUAUGGUUAAUUUAAUCUGUUAUUAAUCAUUAAUACAAUAUUAUUUGAAGACUAAGGAAAGUAUUUUUAUAAAUAAAAUCUAAAGUACUUUCCAAAUCAUUUUACACCAAUUAUGAAAUUAUGUAUUGUUAUUUGAUAAAAACUAUAAUUAUAAUCAAUUAAGUUGUCUUAAAGUUGAUAUAGAUCAAUUAUUUUGUUGUUAUAGUAUUUAAAAUUUCAUAAAAUACCACUGCUUAUUAUUUUGGAGGGUCUAGAACAGACAUCUAAAUCAAUGUUACUAACAUAACAUGUUUGACAGGUUGAAAGAGUGAAGGAAAGAUUGUGUCUAGUCUUCUAUUAGCAGAAUCUAGCUCUUUACCAACCGGUCCAGUCUCCUAUUGCUGAAAUCUAGUUUUCUGUUAACUAUAAAUAGUCUUCUACAGUAUUCUACUAGUUUAGCAAUUUCUAAUUCUCAGCCAGCAGUACUUAGUAUUCUCAACAGUACUCUUCAGCCUUUAGUAUUUAAUAUUACACAACCGAAUGCAAGAGAUCAAAUCCUGAGAAAAUUGUAAUGAGUUUAUCAAGGAUUACCUCUUUCAUAAAUGUUAACUUUAUUUUCGAGACAUAAAUAUUUGUAGUUGCUG